CGCAUGCUCCUCUCCACAGCAGCCGUUAGCAUCGGGGGCUAACAGCCGGAGCGUGUAAUGGCGGCCUCGGUGUUACUGGGGUCUGCGGAAAGCGCCGGACUUAACUUCACGGUCGGAGCCGGUGGCAAUGCUAUCCUCGGAAACUCUAAUGGACUGGGCCAGCCGGGCCCAGCGUCCUGGAACCGCUCCCUGGACCGGGCGCUGGAAGAAGCGUCGGUUAGCGGCUGUCUGAACCUCAGCGGCAGGAAGCUGAAGGAGUUUCCCCGGAGCGCCGCCAACCACGACCUGACCGACACCGUCCGGGCCGAUCUGUCCCGGAACCGGCUGUCGGAGCUUCCUCUGGAGGUCUGCCUCUUUGUGUCUCUGGAGUAUCUGAACCUGUACCAGAACUGCCUGAGAUCUCUGCCAGACGGCCUGGUGAACCUGCAGGCCCUGACACACCUGAACCUCAGUCGGAACCAGCUGUCCGUCCUGCCGGCCGUCGUCUGCAGCCUCCCUCUAAAGGUUCUGAUCGCCUCCAACAACAAACUGGUUUCUCUGCCAGAGGAACUGGGCCAGCUGAGACACCUCACCGAACUGGAUGUGAGCUGUAACGAGAUCCGGACGUUACCGUCCCAAGUGGGUCAGCUGGAGGCUCUGAGAGACCUGAACAUCCGGAGGAACCACCUGGUCCGACUCCCUUCAGAGCUGGCUGAGCUUCCUCUGGUGCGCCUCGACUUCUCCUGCAACAAAGUGAUCUCCAUUCCCGUCUGCUACCGCGGCCUGACCCAGCUGCAGGCCAUCAUCCUGGACAACAACCCGCUGCAGAGCCCGCCCGCACAGAUCUGCAUCAAGGGGAAGGUCCACAUCUUCAAGUUCCUGAACCUGGAGGCCAGUAAGACCACGCCGGAGCUGCCCGAGUUCGACAGGAGACCUCUGACCUCCUGUGUUGACGAGGCGUAUUCAGGGCGACCAUAUGGCGCAUUGGACUCGGGCUUCAACAGCGUGGACAGUGGAGACAAGCGGUGGCUGGGCAACGAGGUUUCAGAGGAACCGUCAGAGCUGCCGGUCAGAGACCAGAGGCGAGCCGGACCAGGAGGACAUGUGCUGCCCAAUGGGACAUCAGACGGGGAGCUGGAGCAGAUAGACUUCAUCGACAGCUGUGUGGAGGAGGAAGAGGAAGGGAAGCGCCGUUCAGUCGGAGCAGACCGGAGCAGCCUCAGCUCUCAGUUCAUGGCAUACAUCGAGAGACGCAUCACCAGGGAGGGUUCCCCAGUGAAGAACAGCUUGGCUCGGGCGGAAGACAUGAAGAGACACAGCAGAAACAUGGCCGACGGCGUCUCGGCGUCUUCGAGCUCCCAGAGCCAGAGAGCUGGUUCUGGUUCUGGUUCCAGUUCUGGUUCUGGAGGUGUGGAGAGGAUGAGAAGGGAGGCUCAGCUCGCCGCUCUGAAAUACGACGAAGAGCGGCAGAAGAACCGUUCUCUCCAGAGAGACAGCGUCACCAGCUACUCCAAGCAUAAAGCAGCUCCGAGCCCGUCCAUGUCCAGUCCAGAACCUGAGAACGUCUACCCCUCCAGGCGCUCCACCCACACAGAUGACUCCGCCCUCAUCAUGCAGGGGGAGGACAGAGCCACCUUGUCUCCUACAGCCAAUCAAUCGCCUUCGUACCCUGGCUCAGGAGGCGGGACUUCCAGUCGGACGUCCAGCCUGCGGCCGGAGAGCUUCCUGUAUCGCCUCGGUCAGAGGGACGAGAAGAGAAAAGGGGACGCUGUCGCUGCGCCACCUCAACCCAAAGAGGAAGCUCCUGCUGCUCCUCCUCUGGUGGGCGAAGACGCAGUGCUGGUGGAGCAGCUCAGGAAGAACAUCGAGGCCCGCCUGAAGGUGGCGCUGCCGAGCGACCUGGGCGCCGCCCUGACGGACGGCGUGGUGCUGUGCCACCUGGCCAAUCACGUGAGGCCGCGCUCCGUCCCCAGCAUCCACGUCCCGUCCCCCGCUGUGCCUAAGCUCACCAUGGCCAAGUGUCGCCGCAACGUGGAGAACUUCCUGGAGGCGUGUCGCAGGAUCGGAGUCCCACAGACUAAGUUGUGUCUUCCGCUCCACAUCCUGGAGGAGCGAGGGCUCCCCCAGGUGGCCGGGACGGUCAGCGCGCUGCUGGACCUGGCUCCGCCCAAGCAGUCCAUCUCCAUGACGACAGCAACGCCACCUGGGCCCUCCGUCAUCAUCUAGCCGCUGCACGCGCUCAGUCGGCCUCCUGUAACAACCAAUCAGAGCUCGCCGAGUUCCCACAGCCAGAAACGAGUCGUUGUGAUGCCGUUCAGGAAGCUGUGUGGCGUAUGGAAGCCCAUCAGUGCCAGGAAGUUAAAAUCAGGAGUUAUAAAUGAAAAUGUUGAUAAUGUUUGGUUGUGCUGAUUGAUGCAGAUCAACAUUAAUGUCCGAGUUUCCAUGGUAACAGCAGGUUUUACUGCUUUGACUGGAGGAAAAACGCAUAAUCAAGAUAUUUUUUAAACUCUAAAACGUUUUUAGACUAUUGGUUGGGAAAAAUCCAACUCAGGCAGAGAGUUUUUGACCGUUUUGUUCUUGUGGAACAUCUGAUUGUUUUGCUUUUCAGUGGGAAUAUUUUUUAUAAAGUGAGUGGAAAAUUUUAUUUUAAAAAUUUUCUCUCAAUCCUUUAAAUUAAUCUAAAGUACAUACCAAUCAAAUUGUAAAAAUACAUUUAAAAACUAUUUACUUUUGUGUGAAAAGUUACAUUUUACACUAAUUUACCAUACUUUUUGAUUUUAGCUUUUUCCAUGCUGGUUGAUUUAGUUUUUGCUCAAAUGGGCUUCCAUACAGUGUCCAUACAGACUUCUGGCAGGUGAGUGUUUUUGUCUGUAUGUUUGAGGCAUUCUCACUGAUCCCAGUACUGAUCCCAGUACUGAUCCCAGUACUGAUCCCAGUACUGAUCCCAGUACUGAUCCCAGUACUGAUCCCAGUACUGAUCCCAGUACUGAUCCCAGUACUGAUCCCAGUACUGAUCCCAGUACUGAUCCCAGUACUGAUCCCAGUACACGGGAGUCAAACAGAGGCUUUCCUACUGGUGCAGGACUGGUAACCUGCUGGAAGCUGCAUGUGGAUCUGAUGGAGACACAAAGAGCUGAGAUCAAACUAUCACGACUGAACUGAACGAGUCUUUAGAAACUGAACGAGUCUUUAGAAACUGAACGAGUCCUGAAAAACUAAGUGAGUCCUGAAGAACUUAACUAGUCUUGAGAAACUAGUUCUGAUUCGUAGUCUGUAUGAGUCUUGAGUAACGAGACUAGUCUUUGGAAACUUAACGAGUCUCAGGAAGGGAGCAAGUCCUUGAGAUAGAGUACAUGACAGAGAAACUGAACUAGUCUUGAGAAACCGGAGGAGUCUGUAAAAACUGAACUAGAAAGAAAGAACAAACAGACCAGAGACAGAAAGCGAGUCUUGAGAAACCAAAUGGCUCUGGUUUAACGAGACAAGACAUGGGAAACAGAACAAGUCCUGAGAAAGAAAAUAGGCCACAGAAUGUAAACGAGAUCAGGAACUGAAGUAGUUACUCAACAGGGAGUAAGUCCUGAUAAAAGAGUAAGCCAGAGGAAGAGUCUUUGGAAACUGAACAGGUUCAAGGGAACUGAAAUAGCCAGGAGAAAGGAAGCGAGUCCUGAGAAAGAGAAUCGGCCAGAGAAACUGAACGAGUCUUCGGAAAACAAACGAUUCUGGAGGAACCAAACGAGUCUCAAGGAACAGAUCUAGUCCUGAGAAAGAAAGCAAGUUUUAAGGAAGAAAACAGGCCAGAGAAAGAAAGCGAGUCUUGAGAAACCAAAUGGAUUUUAUGUAACCAGGCAAGUUGUGGGAAAGCGAACGAGUCCCAAACAGAGAGCAGAUCCGCAGAAACAGAACGAGUCCUAAAGGGAGGCAAAGAGCGCAAACACUGAAAGCUGACGAAGUUGGCAAACCGUUCAUUAAAAUCUUACUGAUUAGAUGUAAAUAUUAUUUUUUUCUCUCUGUCAACAUAAAGACGUCAGUUUUUCAUUUUAGUUUCGGGGAAUAUAUAUAUCUGGUGAAACGCUAAAGGUCAAAUUUACUCCCAAACUCAAGAGUUUGGUUCGUAUUCAUGUUUGUAGGCACUGAACCCUAAAACUGAAACCAUAACUAAAGUUUCAGGCUUUGCUGUUUUUUGCACAUAACACUGUUUCUAAUUUUUGUUGACUACUUUUUUUUCCAGACAAUGCUUUUUGUAUCUAUAGAACUUUAAAAUGACCUGAUGGUUAAGGAUGAUAAUAAAGCUAAUUACUGUCUGAUUUAGUUUGAAAGCACUUCUUCAAUAAGUUCAGUUGAAACAACUGCUUAAGUUAUAAAAUAAUGAAAUACUCAAAAAAUAAAAUUGUGUAUACAACUGACAUUACGAUAACAUGCUGUCUAGCUGAUAUACGACUGAAGCUUUGAUAGCUAAAUGCUAAAAUGAUGCUAACGCUAAUCAGUAGCUACUGUUGAUUAAAUUUGUUAUUAUAUUUAAGUUGCACUAAAUGUAUCACAAUAAUGUUGAUGACUGGUGAGAUUACCUAGCAGUUCUUAAUUUAGCUUUGUUUGUUGCUACCGUACAUCAUUAGCUUCAGCUAGCAUUAGCUAGCAUUCUGUUGAACUGUGCUUAGGUGGCUUAUAGGCCCAAAUGGCUUCAGUGAGAAAAGCAAGAUUUCUGAUGUAUAGUUGCUAAGUUGCUAAAAGAGUUACCUUAAGCUGUUAGCAUAAUGAAAAGUGAAUGAUGAAGACAAAACAGGAAAAUAUAUGUCCUAAAGUCCAGAAAUUAAAAAUGAACAUUUCUAGUCAACAUUACUAGCUUCUAACAGGGACAACAGAAACAAAGAUACAAAAGAAAAGAUUGCUAGCUUUAUGCCAAUGAUUAUUUUCAACUGUAAAUAGUUUUUAAAAUAGUUUUUAAAUGUAUUUUCAAUUUUCAGCUUAUGAACAGUUUAUUUUUCUCACUUUUAAAAUGACUGAAUUACUUUUGGUAAACCAUUUGAACUGAUAAGAGGCCAAAGUUUAGGAAAGCAAAAACUCUGGCUAAGUUAGUUAGCUGUUAGCUACACAGUUAGUUAAAGCUCAUGUUACAAUAGCGAACACAAGCUGUGUUUGAUAUGAUUAUUUUACUUCAGAUAUGGAAAUUAUAACAGUGCUACCUUAAAAAUGGCAAAUAUUUAUUUUAUUUACUCAACUUCAUACCUUAGGUUGCAGUGAAAAGCAGAAGUUUUGUUUAAAAUCCGGUUUGUUUCUCCAGGCUCUUUCUUGGCCUCUGUCCUCUGAUUGGUUGGCUGUAGAAAGCCGACCAAUCAGCAGAGAGCUGGGCGUUCCUCAGUUUUAGAGUCGGUUCCAUUUUUGAUGUUUUCUUUGUUUCUGGUCUCCAUCAGAUCCAAAGUCGCUUUGAUCUUUCUGACUGAACCCUGAACUCUGACUGUCAGGCUUUCCGCCAAUCCUGGGGCCAACAGAUGAAAUCAUGUUUAUACAUAUAUGUAUGUUUGUUUUUAUUGUUGUUUACAUUCAGCUGUUUGGAUUUCCUGUUGUUCUGAUUUUCACCCUGUAACGGAGCAGUUAGUGUUCAGAAAACUCCUGUAAAUAUAUAUAAAUAUAAAUAUAUAUAUAUACAUGUGUAGAUAUGUUGUACAUAUGAAGCUGAAGCCUGUCUGUUGCCAUGGCGACGCUGCAGGUUAAAGGUCACUGUUGGUUUGCUGUAGCGGUUCAUCCUGCUCCGAGCGCACUACUUUUAUUUAUGGAGCUCGUUUUAGUGGAGAAAGAAGACGACAACAGGAAGCGGCUUUUUAAUUUAAAACAUGUUUACUGAGGAGUUGUGCUGCGUUCAGGCGCAGUGGGACGUCACUAAACACUAACCUAAAAACAGUUCUCACAGUUUGUGCACAAGCUUAGCUCAUGUUUUUUCCCUGUGGCGCCCAGAGUUUAAACUGCCAGACUGAUUUCAUACCGCCAGGCUGAGUUCUGCCUGUCAGACUGAACUUGGGGAAAAUCAGCAGCUGGGUUUCUGAGGACAGGUGACUUGGCGUAGUGAAGACAUUGAAUUCAAGUUUCUGUCCUGCAGCAGUGGCCAGUCACAUGACGCAGUCUCACUGUUUUUAAAGGACAUUCCACCAUUUUAAAGGACAAACAUGAUUUUACCUUUUUUUUGUAUAAAAGAUAAAUCCGACUGUUUGAAGAGUUUAAAUAAAAAAUAAAUAUUUUAAUGUGA